AUGGCACGGCUGCAGAAGAAAUCUUCACGUCGCCGUUGGGUGGCGGCUCGCCCAGACAGGCCCAGCGGAUUCCAAAGGCACCCGUUGUCUGCGGAAGACGUCAGCAAGAUGCACACCUUGUUCGAGGAGGCUUAUGGAUGGCCUGCACGAGAGUUCCAGAUGGAAGGAAUACGCGCACAGCUUGAGGGCGUUGACAUGAUGAUUCAAGCCCCCACUGGUGCCGGCAAGACGGCCGUGGUCGCUGGUGCGCACCUAUGGCCCACCGACAUGCGCAAGGUGACCAUCAUGGUCUCGCCAUUGCUAUCCCUUGAGGAUGAGAUGGUCAAGACGUUCAAGGACCAUUUUGGUCUCAAUGCUGUUGCCGUCAGCAGCAAAAACGGCUCAUGCUCACCGAUGGUCGUUAAGCGCAUUCUCGCCCUUGAAUAUCAAGUAAUUCUUGCCUCGCCGGAGAUGUUACAGUCACGUACCUUCGUGAGCAGGGUUCUGCGAAACUCGAAAUUCACCAGACACAUACUCUCCAUGGUCAUUGAUGAAGCGCACUGCGUCUCGCACUGGGGAGCGGAUUUCCGCAAGAAAUACGCUUCUCUCGGCGUCAUCCGUGCAUUCCUUCCACGCGGGACACCUGUCAUCGCUUUGACGGCCACCCUGACGGCACGCGUGCGCAGAGACAUCCAUAGCAAACUUCAUUUCCCCAAAGGCGGCAGCCGGUUUGUCAACUUCGGCAAUGAUUGCCCAAACGUUGCCCUUGUUGUUCGCGCCGCCGAGCAUCCUCUCAAAUCCUUUGAGGACUUGGAUUUUGUCAUUCCACCAUCAGCCGUCCACCCCGAGGAUAUCCCAAAGACGUGGAUCUAUGUCGACAACAUCAAUACAGGGACGGAAAUCAUCGACUUCCUCACUGACCGACUCGAAGCACGCACCAUGCACCGCCGACCCGAAGGCCCACUGCCUGCAGGCCUGAUUCGCCCAUUCAAUGCUACCCUUUCCUCCGAAUAUCGCACCGCUGCAAUGAGCGCAUUCCGGGAUGGUAGCAUCCGUAUACUUGUUUGUACAGAAGCAGCUGGCAUGGGAUGCGACAUACCUGAUAUAGACAUUGUCGUACAAUGGAAGCUUCCGACGACGUUCUCGAACUUCGUUCAGCACGCCGGCCGCGUUGCGAGAGGCCGGGGUCGGAGCGGAUUGGCAGUACUGAUCGUUGAGCGGUCAGCAUAUUCUAUCGACCUCACAUUCGCCACCGGGCCUGCGACUGGUCGAGGUCAGACCGACGCAGUGACGCAACGGGACUUACCACUGGGAGGAAAGGUGAAAUCAGUGGUGAGAGGUAGGAAGAAGAAGAAUCUCAACAGUGCACCGCAAGCGAAGGCCCCGAAGCAGUACGCUGACGCCCACGGUGUCAAUCGUGGAGGUACUUCACACAAAGAUGAUUCGCCUACCGCCGAACAGCCUCGACUGGACACUGAGGCGCUUGACGAGGGACUUCUGGUGUUUGUGCAGAGUGUCCGCUGCCGCCGCCGCAUUUGGGCGGACGCGUUUGAGAGCCCCCUGUCAGCACCCGCAGGACCUUGUUGCGACAUCUGCGAGCCAAGCCUGCUGGAUCGCACACGCCCUGGGAUGGUUCAACGCGCGCAGAAAGGAAAGCGGAUUGCACGCGGUCUCCCAGACGUGGAGGCGCAGGUCAAACUAUGCGAGUGGAGAGAUGCGGUGUACGAACGCGACCAUGCGGGCCGCUUAUACGACUCCAUGGCCAUCCUCGACGACGGCCUGAUCGAACGCAUCGUCACAUCGGGGGACCUGCCGAAAGAAACACUCACCUCAAUGCUGAAGCCUUCAUGGCUCUGGUGGGACAAACAUGGCGACGAGCUGAUAGCAUACAUCACCGCGCUCAGCAUCGAAUUCACGCCCAAGCCGGGGAAGAAAACGAAACAAGCGAGCGCACCUGUUGUAACCACUGACUCCGGCCCUCCACCUCUCCCAGAACCAGUUCGAACGGCUGGAAUGAAGCGAACGGCGGUGAGCGCCGACAUCGACAGCACGUCGACUGCUGAUCCUGGCGACGCUGAUCAGCUACUAAACGAGCGCGACGUGGCGCUCGCGACGUUCAAGUUGAUGGCGCAGCCCCAUCUGGUGUAG